AUGCAGAAGUGCGACUUCCUGAUGGCGUGCAUCACUGAUGACUGGAAGGUAUCCGAAGCCUUCGCAAUGACCAACGGACUGAAGCAGGCCGGUUUCCUUGCGUCUACCAUUUUCAGUCUCAUGUUCUCCGUCCUGCUGAUGGAUGCCUACCGUGAUGAGAACCCCGGGAUCCGCAUCGCUUCUGAAUUGAUGGGCACUUCCUCAACAGCCGACAUAUGCAGGCCCCUACGCGCAUUUUCACGGCCACAGUCCACAGUCGGCUCUUAG